AUGCACAAUAUAAGAGAAAAUAUGGAGACAGCAAAAGCCUCUGAUAUAAAGCUUAAGAAAAGCUUCAGAGAAAAAUUAAGCAAUAUUCUUCAUGUAGAAAUUUCUCAUGGGCAACCAUUAAUACAUAUAUUUUGUUUUGGUCUACUUUUGUGCACUUUUCCUGCUUGUACAAACUUAUGUUUGAAGUGGAAAGAGCCACAGAAACCACACAGAGGAAGAGAAAAUGUUACUUGUGGUUUUAUUUAUUCGUCUCUAGUGCUUAUAAGUAACCAUGAUUUAUUCCUUGGAUCUAGAGCAUGA